CAAAGGUAGAUCUAAUUUCGUUGGAUCCCUUAAAAGUAAUCAAAGUUCUUAUUUGUGCCUUUUAUUGGUAUAAUUCGGACAAUAUAGCCAAUGUUACUUGGAAAAUCAAAAGAUGUUAUUAGUUAUUAGUUUAUAAUCAAUUCUUCAUUUCUGGAAAUGGAUCCAAUAUUGAAUAUAUUUUAGGUGCCUACCAAUUUUGACUGGGAUCCGUAUAUUCGUGUUGUUUGUUUUUGUUCAGAGUACCUUCUCGAAAAUGCUCAAAUUGAAGGGUUAUUAUAUUGACAAGGUCAACCCUAGAGGAAGUUCUCAAGUUAAUUGCAAAUCAAAUUCAAAAGCUAGUGAACGUCAGGAAAUUCUCCAAUUACCAGUUGAAAUCUGGAGAAUAAUAUUUAAUUUUUUAUCCCCGUUUGAUCUUUGUCGAUGCGUAUGCGUUUGCAAACAAUGGAACACUAUUAUAUACAGCUUAGAUAUCACAACGUGGCGACGACUAUUUCUUUCUUCUCACGAAUGGCGCCAUCCCCAUUGGCCAUGCGAAGAAGCCGAACCGACGAAGCCCUGGAGAAUUCUGUACCGAGAAAAUUUCCUUAUAUCAAAAAUGUGGUGCCAAAAAUCUAUGCAAAGUGUCUCUUGUCUGCAUGUAUUUAAACGAAGGCGAGAACGAAAGAUAAUUAAUGUUGGUUCUGGAUUUGAACAUGAAACCCUUCGCAGUGCUUUAAAUGUAGCUUGUGAAUAUGAUAGAAUAACUUUACAUCCCGGUGUCUACGACGAACAAUUCGAAAUGUCUUCAAAACUUCCUUUAGAAUUAGUUGGUUGUGGGCCUCUUGGUUCAGUAGUGAUCGUUGUUUGUAUAGAACAAAAUGCUCUUACUGGUCGAUUAUGUAAUUUGGUUCUCCGAGCCCCAUGGUUCACAGGGUAUAUGCUGAAGAUAAGCUUGGGGCAUUUACAAGUAGAUAAUUGUCGAUUUGAGGACGGCCAGAUUCUAGUUCAAAAUCCAGGUAGCUGCCUCAUAAGGUACACAGAAUUUGUUAGAGCCCACUUAGCAUUACAUCACGUUAGCGUAAGCGUAAUUGAAAAUUGCUAUUUUUCAACCGAUAAUACUGCAAUACAGAUACAAGGUCCGCCAAAGGAACAUAAUGGUAAUUGGACAUAUUACAAUUUAAUUCGACACAGCUACUCUAAACAAUGUCGAAGGGAUGAUGGAGAGGAUACCGUUUCAAAUUAUGCUGUCCCUUCCAGCUACAGUUGCAUCCAACUUGGAAAAGCUCAAAAUGAAACAGUCAAUAGUAACGUUCCAAAUAAAUCUGCGGCUGAAUUCUGUAUUGGUGGUGCGAGUGCCGCAGCUGCAAGUUGUUUUGUCGGCUCCUAUAUUGAUUGGGAGUCGGUCUUAGAUUCUGAUUCUGAUCAUAGUUACUCCACAGAUACAGAGUUUGAUAACCAAGUUCCAGCCAGUAAUACUUACGAUAAAAAGCAACAAAAUAGCUCAACUGUACCACACUCUGAAUUAUUUACCAGCGACGUCUCGUCAACCAUAGAUUCAUGCGUAACUGUUAAGUAUGGAAAAUUGGGUUGUCAAGUAGAUUUGUCUAAUCUUUUAAGAGGAGAAAGUAAACUUUAUAGCGCCAUUAAGCAUACUAUUGGUCCUGUCAUUCGCUACUGCCUAAUUGAGAAAGGUCAAGGUGGUAUAAGUGUAACAGUUAGUGCUCAAGCGCAUUUAUGGUAUAAUCGUCUCUUGAAUUUAACCUUUGGUGUUCGAUGUUUGCAAAAUUCUAAGGUUGUAAUACUUGGAAAUGAGAUUAAAAACUGCAGGUCUUCCGGAAUUUUUAUGAGACUUCAUGCUAAUGGUAUAAUUGCAGGCAAUGACAUUAGUGAAAUGUCUGAAGCUGGAAUCGAUAUAAGAAAGAAUGCUGAUCCUUUGAUAAUAUCAAACAAAAUACACGGAGGAAAGCGAUCCGGUAUUGUUGUUCUUGGAAACGGUCGAGGGACAAUAAAGUCAAAUGAUAUAUACGAUAACAAAGAGGCAGCCGUUUAUAUAUUGUUUAAAGGAAAUCCAUAUGUGAUCGAGAAUAAAAUAUACAAUGGAUCAGCUAAUGGGAUAGCUGUUAGUGAAGAUGGAAGAGACAAUUUAAUUAGCAACAACCGAUGGAAUGGAAUCGAUAUACGAAGCGGCGGAGAACCAAGAAUAGUAUCCAAUCUUAUAUGUUCUAGUUAUUGUCACGGACUUGUAAUUGGACAUAAAUCAGUCGCAUCUGUAGAAAACAACAUUAUAUCUUUUCCAUCUUUCUCUUUUACAUUGUAUAUUAUUUUUAUAGCAAAUUACGGAAGCGGGAUAGUAGUUUGUGGCGGACUACCACAUAUACAAGGCAAUCAAAUUUACAGUAAUAGGGAAUACGGCAUUGUAUAUAUGCAAUCAAGCAGGAUUGAAAAUGAACCGUCAGUCUCAUCAGCGGAUGACAGCAGUGAUUCUAGUAGUGAUUCCGAUCGAGCACACUCGCACUCCGAACGAACUAAAAGAUGGCCAGAUAAAUCUGAUUUUCAUGUAUCAUCGGCGAAUGUUCAAUAUAACACAUUCUCUUUCAAUCAUCAAGGAGGAAUUCGAAUAGAAUGUGCCUAUCAAAUACGACUAACGGCCAAUACAAUACACGCUAAUAGAGGAACUGGAGUUGUUUUUAUGCAGCCAUCAUCCGUUUUAUUACAGACUACUUCAAUAACCUGCAAUGCUGGAAGUGGGAUCUGCGUUCAACGAGGAGCAAAGGCUGAUAUAUCCGGUUGUGGGAUAUAUGAUAAUUGCGGUCAUGGGGUUGAUAUAAGUGGACAAGUUCAUUUAACAGAAAGCGAUGUUUUUAAUAAUCAAAUUCAUGCUGUUUUCUUAAAUGAAACUUCUGAGGCCAUGAUCGAAGAUAAUCGUCUUCACGCCACACAUGAUUACAGUCUGGGCAUGCGAGAUGGUGCCAAUGGAUCUGUGAAAUAUAAUCAAGUUUAUAAGGGCAAAUACGAAGAACUCUGCACUCUUCCAAGUAACGGCGUUCGCAUUUCAUUCUCUAACAAUUGCAGCAAUCGAAAAGUUUUCGUCGAAAGAGGUUUAGAGUCUUAUCUAGACGACCCUCCACCACGACCUCACAUACACUUACCGAAGAGUAUAAAUCCGGUUACGCCUGCUCGGUAUAAAACUUCUUGCAGCUUAGUGAAACCUAUUAGCGGCAAUGGUCAGUUUACCGGAACAUACGGGAGUAUGGUUUGUCAAAUCCUCUGA